CAGCCGGGGAGAGAAGACAGAAAGACACCGACAGCCACCCCAUCCUAGCUCCUUUUAGUGCGCGAGUGCGUUCCUGCUUGGACUCGCUCUUGUUAUUAAUAUUAUUUUUUGGAGGUUUUGGAUCGAUUGAGACAAGAUGGAGAGCAUGGAGAGGGAGUGCAGCGCGCUGGGGGGACUCUUCCAGAACGUCAUAGCAGACUUGAAGGGCAGUUAUCCGGUGUGGGAAGACUUUGUCAGCAAGGCCGGCAAACUGCAGUCGCAGCUCAGGGCCACGGUGGUGGCGCUGGCGGCCUUCCUAGACGCCUUCCAGAAGGUGUCCAACAUGGCGUCCGGCAGUCGAGGGGCGACGAGGGACAUUGGGUCAGCGCUCUCCAGGAUGUGCAUGAGGCACCGCAGCAUCGAGGUCAAACUCAGACAGUUCUCCACGUUGUUUGUGGAUUGUCUGAUCAACCCCCUCCAAGAGCAGAUGGAGGAGUGGAAGAGAGUCGCCAACACUCUGGACAAGGAACAUGCCAAAGAGUACAAGAAAGCCCGUCAGGAGAUCAAGAAGCGCUCUUCGGACACGCUGAAGCUGCAGAAGAAAGCCAAGAAAGCGUUUGUAUUUUCGGGUGCAGGGCGCGGAGACAUCUGGCCGCAGUUGGACAACGCCAUGCAGGAAGUGAGCGACAAGUACCUUCAGCUGGAGGAGGCAGAGAAGCAGGCGCUGCGGAGGGCCCUGGUGGAGGAGAGGAGCCGUUUCUGCUGCGUGGUGGCCAUGCUCAGGCCCGUCGUGGAGGAGGAGAUGUCCAUGCUUGGCGAGAUGAGUCACCUUCAGACGCUGACGGACGACCUGAAGACGUUGACCAUGGACCCUCACAAGCUGCCAGCCUCCAGUGAACAAGUCAUUGUGGACAUGAAGGCGUCCGAAUGCUCCUGGUCCUAUCAGACUCCGCCCUCAUCCCCAAGCACCACGGCGUCCAGGAAGUCCAGCAUGUGCAGCAGCCUGAACAGUAUGACCAGUAGCGACUCUCGCUCCAGCGGCUCACACUGCCACUCUCCUGCCUCGCACUUCCGCUACCGCGCCUCGUCCUCGUCGGCCCUCCCUCAGCGGACGCCGGCUCGCCUCUCCUCGGUGUCCUCCCACGACUCGGGCUUCAUCUCACAGGACGCCCCCCAGUCUAAGUCGCCUUCGCCCAUGCCUCCGGUGCGUCCAUGCCCCUUAUUCAACCCCCCGAGCAGAGCUAAGGAGAGGAGGGAGACGGUUGAACCUCCAAAGGAGGAAUUACACAGAGGCAAAGGAACCCCCCCUGUGACCUCCUCCAAGGAGGACAAAGAAGCCCACGUGGAGCUGGCUAAGGCGCUGGCCCGCAGUCUCCACUUGGACUUUCAUGGCUCCAGUAGGGACUCGCUGCAUGGCUCCAGCGGCUACAGCAGUCAAACCAACACACCAUGUUGCUCGGAGGAUGCUGGCCCCACGCAAGACUGCGACUUCUUCUCCAUGGGAGCAGAUCACGAAGGCGAUGACGUGGACACGUUGCCCAGCGCCUUACAGCCCAGCGACCUCUCUCGGUCCUCCCGCCCAUGGUUUGGGUCCAAGCUGGCCCCGUCCGCCCGCGUUGCCCCCAGCCAGUCUACAUUGAUCCCGCCGGGGGUGGCCACCAUUCGCCGAGCGCCGUACUCCAAGCCCAACCUGCGACGCACGUCGGCAGGCCUCCCUUUGGGCCCAAUCCCCAUCAAGCCACCCACGUUGCCGGUCAAGACACCCACCGUGCCGUACCACCGCGGCUUCCCCGGGGCGUGGACUUCCGAGGGCGGGCGCGCCCCACAGGCCCCCGUUAGCCCACCAAGCACGCUUCUCUCACCGGGGAGCGGCGGAACCUUUUCGCCUCACUUGGAUCCUGGCCAGCUUCCGGAGGAGACAGACCACGGGGACGACGUGAAUAACCUCCUGGCGGCCAUCCGGCGCGGCGUCCAUUUGAAGAGGACAACCACCAAUGACCGAUCGGCACCCAGGAUCCACUGAACCGGACGUUUCGUGGCUACACUUUCCGACUUUAUGAAGCCCCGCAAACAAAGCUUCCCCAAUGCUGUAUCAAAACGCACAACGUGAGUCAUGCAUUUUUUCAUUUGGGAGGAUCCCGCUUUGCCCUUUCAGAGCCAGCUUUCCUGGCAAACAUUUUUUUCAGGAUGUGCCAAAUGUAGAGUGGCAUGACUCAGUUAUCAUUCUAUGACUUUCAGGAUGUCUUUUCUUUUGCACGCUCUCCACUUCAAGUGCCAAAACCUGCUCCAGUGUCCCGUUUACGUAUUGUGCUUUCCCACAGCCGUCGAGACAAACAUUGAGGACGUGAUGCUGGAAUUUGCCUUUUGUAAAGUGAAAGCGUUUGGCAUGUUGUCGCUCUUUUUACCUCCGCCAAGGAUGCCGUGUUGCCGAUCGUUUAUCGAUGUCCACGAAGAGCUUGUUCGAUCUCGCUGCGCUUUGCUCCCAGUACGAUUCGUAUCUCGACAACCGAUGAUUAUGUUCUUACGGCUUUUUUUUUCCCCAAGGCGUAGAGGUCAAGUCAGGUGGGGUUUAAUAUUUACUGUUUUCUACACUGACAUGUUGUGGAUACAUUGAAGUGUGUGAGUGUGUUUUUGUAAAUAUUAUAUAUAUACAUAUAUUUGACUUAUGGCCUAAGUUUAAUGAUGUCAGAGUGUUAUGGUAAUAGACACGCUCGCAUUGCACCAUCAGGACGGGAGAAGGAAGCUUGAAGAAAACUGGAGGAUAUUCCAUCCGCUCUGCACACAAUGGAAGCAAAUGAUUACUUAGGCGAGUCGGUGAGUGUCAUUAACCACCAGUGAAACGCAGGAUCGCCUUGUACGCGUCAACUGUUUCCAGCCAGUCAAACUGAAGUGCUGCAUGGACCGGAAAGCGUCACUGAGCUUGUUGAGUGUCUGAUAGUUUCCAUUUGUGUCGGCCACCCUUACGGACUCUGAAUUGCUGCUGUCAAGUCAGUGCCAUGUAUUUGUUUCCGUGUUUUCCGACGUAAUGUUCUUCACAGUCAAAUGUCCUGUCGGAAACAUUCCCUGGCCAGUGUUGUCCCUCCAACCGCAUUCACUUGUUCGGACAGGUCCGAACGAUGUUUCGUCGUGGUGUUUUCCAACACGUCAGCGUGAAAACUGUUUGAUGGGCUCUAUAACCUGCAGACUGUCCUCAUGCGGCGGGUGCGCUGAGCAGAUGAAUCUUAAUGUGACGAGCCUCCAGAUGUCAUCACGGCCUCGCAGAGUUCAAUGAAGAAAAAAAAAAUCAUGUUUAUCUGGUCCAUUGUGUUUUUGGUUGCUGCUUGUCCUCACUCUGGUCUGUCAUUCAGGUUUUAUUACUCUGCAAAAGUUUAACAGAGGCAACUGGGCUCUUUGCCUUUAUUCCAAACAUUUUGUUGUUUUUCUCACCUUGGUGGCAAAACGGCUCCUUUGUGGCCUUUUCCAACGUGCAGGAGCAAGAAAGUGUCAGGACAUUGCUGAAAGCAGAUGAUCGAUCCACGACUCGCCAUUUGCAAAACCAACUCUUUGUUUAAUUUGCCGCCAUCUUAGGGCAUCUUGGUGCCGAGGAACCGUGUUGUUGUGCACUGAAGAGCUUCAUUUAGACAAAAGUAGUGCUUUGCCACCAUCCUGCGGUAUCUACGGGUGAUUCCAAACGUUUUCAGGGGGCGUGUCAAUUAUCCAUGGAUUUUCGCAAUAAACGGGGAAUACCAAAAUGGCGUAAAGCUCCUCGUCCGUUUCGAGACGGUCUUUCUAGUCUGAUCAGGCAGCAGUCAUCUCUGUCCAGAAUCUGUACCUGAUAGCCCUCAAAGAAAUGUCCUUUCCUCUUUCGAAGAUGCGGGUUGCCAACGAUUCCUGCAUCCCGAGGAGAAUGCCCUCCUAUCGAACUAAUAGGUAGAAUCCGCAGGCCAGCAUAAGCCCGACGGCCAAGACCACGGUGGGAUUGUUGAUUUGGUCGCAGGCAUGGCAAAGUCGUGUCCACACAGGCGAUGGCUCCACCAGCCGGUCCACCUUCUCUGAGAUGGCGCGCAUGCGCGCGCAGAUGUCACGCAGGCUUUGGCGCAGCUCAUCCAGGUCCAUCUGGGUCUGGCGCUUGAUCUCCAGGAUCAUCUGGUAGAGCGUUAUGUUGACCUGCUGGCCAUUCCUCGUUACCUCGAACAUCUCGCGGCGGAAGGCCUCAAUGUCCGCCGGGCAGGCUUCCAUCCUCCGGAGGCGGCGCUAUGUGUGCUCGUGGCGUGAG